GUCUAAUGUGAUAAUAUCGUGUGUUGGAAUUUCGAAUAACUUAAAUGUUUUAAACGAAAAACAACAAUUUUCAGUAGUUUUUCAAUCAUUAGUUAAUGUGUGUAACGUCACGACAAAUAUUGUCACGGAAGAGAUUUUAUUUUAUUUUAGUUCAUAACGUAAAUUUAAAGAAAUGUUGUCCGCAAUGAGACACCACACAAGAUUACUACUCAUUAGCAUCGCUCUUUUUGAAGUGAUAGCUGUAUCAUUAGCACAACGUGUUGCACCCGGCGUUCCACCUCAACAAUAUCAUCAUAAUACCCAAUAUCAACAAGGUUCACCUCAAUAUCAACAACAACAAAAUGUUCAAUAUCAACAAUAUCAACAGGCUGCACCCCAACAACAAUACCAACAACCACCACAACAUCAGCAACAACAACAACAGCAACAGUUCCAGCAACCACAAUACCAACAACAGCAGCAGCAACCACCACAACAACAACAGCAACAAUUCCAACAACCACAGCAUGAAACUGGCCAUGGCCAUGGUCAUGCUCACGGUUCUCACAAUGGAAAUGUUUUGGGCGGCAAUGUCAACGAAGAAAAAGAGCACAUCCAAGAACACAUGGAAGUACCGAUUGAUACAAGUAAAAUGACUGAACAAGAAUUGCAAUUCCAUUACUUUACAAUGCAUGACUCCGAUAAGAAUAAUAAAUUAGAUGGCAGCGAAUUGAUCAAGUCACUCAUUCAUUGGCACGAGCAAGGAAGCAAGGACAAUUCCCAACAAAUGCCUCAAAUCGAAGAAAAAAUCUUCACCGAUGAAGAGCUCGUUCAAUUGAUUGAUCCAAUUUUAAAAAUGGACGACACAAGUAACGAUGGAUUCAUUGAUUAUCCGGAAUUUAUACGGGCACAACAAAAAGCAGCAGCUAAUCAGCAGCAGCAACAACAACAACAGCAACAGCAACAGCACCAACAACAACCACCACAACAUAGAUAAAUAAUAUCAACAUUUUUUUAAGAGAAAAACAACAAUGGUCACACACACGCAAACAUCCACAAAAUAAGCAGUCACAAGAUUCUCUUUACGAUUUUAUUCAGUUUAAACAUUUUGUUAAUGGGUCGCAUUUACCAAUUCACUUUUUGCUUGCACAUCUAUGUGUGAAGCGUCCCCUUUUUUGGGGGAAGUGAAUUAAUUAUUGAAACGAACAAUCUUUAAAUAUUAUAAACUGAACGUACACGAUAUCGUUACAAUUGAUAUUGAACUCUUGUAAAGAGAAAAAACAUUUAUUGACAUCUUUUGUGUAAUCUUAAUUUUAAAGCUGUGAUUUAUGUUCUUAUCUUUCAUCUCACUUGUGUGGUAAUGCAUUUCUACAUAUACAUCAAACAUAUUGGUGAAACAAAACCAUUGGUUUCUAAAACAAAAUAGUGAGAGAAAAAAAGAUAUUGAAAUGGCAUUUAAAAUUCCAUACUUAAAUUAAAUGAGAAAAAAAAACGAAUUACAAUUUCACAUAAGUGUAAUAAUGAGAAAGAAAAAAAUCUAUAAUAGAAAGCUAACGGUUAGCGUUUACAGUUAAAAACGAACAAAUUCGUAUUUUCAGUAAUAAAAACGAAUGAAAACAAUAAACAAAUGAAUGAUAAGUUGCAAUCGCGAUCAAAUUUUAUCUUGAUAAAAUUUAUGUUUAAUACUUGUAAUUUAUUUUGGUUUACUACGUGGUUUGAUAAUGAUCCGUAGCCGGCCACCAGAUGGCAUCAUAUGUAAAAAACCAAUGCAUAGCUGUCAAGUACCACCCUUCAAACCUCUGCUAUAAACAUUUCAUGACAUUCCAUCGAAUAGUUUAUGAGAUAAAGUCAUUUGAACUGUGCAACCUCUAAUUUUUUAAAAAACAUGGAAAAAACAGAAAUUUGUGCAGUGAUCAAGUAUCAAUUUUUGAAAGGGUUAAAGCCGCAAGAAAUCCUAGAUGACUUCGAGAAAACUUUAGGGAAAUCUGCUCCAUCGAAAACAACCGUAUACGAUUGGUAUAAUGAGUUCAAACGUGACCGUACAAGCAUUCUGGAUCAGUAUCAAACGACGUAGUAAAUAGAAGGAAAAAAAAUAUACAACAACAAAAAAUAACGAAUAAAAAUGCAUCCUUUUAAACACAUAUACAUAUGGUGUGAACAUUUUUAAGCUUAGUUAGUCGAAUGGAAUUAAUGGAUUUGUGAUGUCAACAUUCUUAUAUUGUAUUUCGAUUUUUCUUUGUGAACGAAGAUUUUCCCUAUUUAUAUUUGUGCGCGUCGUAUGUAUACCAUAAAUAAGACCAAAAUAACGUUGAUGCGACUAAUCGAAUUUAAUUUUUUUACUCCAUUAAAUACAUGAUGACUCGAUUUCACAUCAAAAUAUUUAAAUAUUUCAAUAUAACCGAACACGCAA